CAGCUGCAGCAAUCGCUCGCUAGUUGCCAUAUCGAAUGACAAACUGUUGUAAGCCAACUGAGUGCCACUCUCUGGUUCUUGGUGGUGCUUAGAACCACCAUCAGUUGCGCGCUUUCAGUCGUCGCGUUUGGUUCGACGUAACUGGCGUGAAUGUUUUUCUUUCGGCGUUCGAAUGUCAAGCGUGCACAACGUCCGUCGCGUGCUCCGUCCUUUGCACUGCCCAAGCGGCGUACGUCCGUGCUAUUGGCGCCCUCGAAUCAACAUGAUCAGCUGCCGUUUCUGAGGCGCUCCCGGUUCAGCGCCUUGCCGCACUUUCGCGCCCACGAGGAUGAGCCCGAGAGCCUUUCCCUGUUCAUUGCCAUUCUCUACGUGGUCGACUUGUUUGGCAUUUUUCCGUUUCUGACGCUGCCCGCGCUGCUGGUUCGGCUGGGCUACUUUGGAGUGUUGCUCGUUCUCUCCAUCAUCUUCCUGCAGAUAUACACAUCCUUUCUGCUAUCACAAUGCUGGACCAUGGCCGAGUAUCUGGAUCCCUCGAUACUGCAGAAGCGCAACUAUCCUUACGCUGCACUCGCCGAACUGGCCUAUGGACCCUGCGUCAGCCUCUUGGUAUCUGUACUACUGGACCUGAGCAUCUUUGCCCUGGCCGUGCCCAGCAUUGUCAUGGCAGCUGAGAACCUGGAGGCUGUUGUCUUACGCAUGAGCGCCGGCCUCUAUAAUUUCUCCUACUGCUACUGGGCCAUUAUUGUGGGCCUGGUCAUCUGUCCACUCAUGUGGCUAGGCAGCCCCAAGCACAUGCGAGGCCUGGCCAUUACAGCCGUUUGCGUCAUGAUAGUAAUUGUUGGCCUGCUUUGGUAUUGCCUGCUCGAUGCACCGGCCAUUGGAACGCCCUUUCAAGGAGUCUCGCUGGAACUACCUGGUUUUCUGACCAUCCUGAGCAGCUACAGCAUUUUGGCCUUCCAGUUCGACAUACAUCCCGUGCUGCUGACCCUGCAGAUAGACAUGAAGCGCAAGUCUCAAGUGUCCUGGGCGGCGCUCAGCGGCAUUGCCAUCACUUGCAGCGUGGCCAUUGUGGGUGCCGGCAUAGCUGCCUACAAGUUCGGCUCCAUGAUUUCGAGUAAUCUGCUGCUCUCGCUGCCCACCAGUGUGCCCUUCUUUGUGAUGCUCAUACUGAUGUCGCUGCAGCUGUGCUUCUCCGUGACGGUGGCCAGCUCGGCUAUGUUUAUGCAGAUCGAGAAUUUCUUCAAGUUGCCCGAGACUCUGUGCUGCAAGCGCAUUCUCAUUCGGUCCUGUGUCCUGGCUCUAGAGGUGCUCGUGGCGGAGUUUGUGCCCAGCUUUGACGCGCUAAUGAAUGUGAUCGGCGGCACCAUCACUGGCCCAUUGGUUUUCAUACUGCCUCCCUUGCUGUAUCGGCGCAUUCGGCGCAUGGAACGUGUGCAUCAGCGCAUUGCCGCCGAGGCCAGCUAUGGCAGCCUGCCUCUGGAUCUUAACUAUGCUCCCGUUGAGCUGGAAAUGGAGCCGUUGCUGGUGGCCAAGAAACCGCAUUCAUCACCGGGCUGCUGGUUGCGUGUGGCGCGUCUGCUGAAUCGCUUGGAGUGCGACAUCUCGUGCACCAUGGCCGUCCUAAUCUUUGGUGUGCUGGCCACCUUUCUAUCCACCUAUCUCAAUUUGUUUACCCUGACGGAUCUGUUCAAGAACAAUUCGCCCUGCCUGAGUAAUCUAACGGCGCAUUAGUCAAAUCCAUGCUUCUCCCUCACCCUGAGCUGCGAAGAUUAAGAUUCAGACAUCUCUAUAAAUAUAAUCUACAGCUCAUCAGAGUUGAUGUGCUGAGCUUUUGGGUAUUCUAUUUCCGUCCUUCGAUAAGUUCAGAAACCUCAAUUACCAAUUUCGAUGCAAUAUUUGUUUAA